AGUCAUGGACUUUGUCCGCCUAGAGCUGGACAGUGGAUAGCGCCGCGCGGGGCAGACAGUGGACGGCCGGGGGCCGGGGUCUAUGUACUUGUAGUAUUUAGUGCGUACUGUAGUGCAUAGUGCGUAGUAUCCCGCAGUGAGCGGGUGGCGAACAAAAUCCAGCUAAAUGGCCCUUAAGCAGCCCAGCUCAGACGAGGAGGAACAGUUGAACCUGGCGCUGGCCCUAUCACGCUCAGAGUCCGAGACCAGCUCCAGUGCCAGAGAGGCCCUUCAGCAGCCCAGCUCAGACGAGGAGGAACAGCUGAACCUGGCGCUGGCCCUGUCACGCUCAGAGUCGGAGACCAGCUCCAGUGCCAGAGAGCCACUCUCCAGGAGAAGGCAGUCAGGUGGUCGGCCACCGCCGGCGACCAGUGUGCUCGGGGAGCUCACCUGCCCCGUCUGCAGGGAGACCAUCGACACGGCCACCACCCUCGGCUGCGGCCACACCUUCUGCGCCGGCUGUCUGAGCCGGGCGCAGGCCUGCGGCGGCCACCAGUGUCCGCUCUGCCGCAAACCCAUCCAAUUCACCGUGCACUGCAUCGUGCUGGACAACGUCAUCCGGGCUCUGAGCAGCGCGCCCAGCUGAGCGGCCGACACCUGUUUGUAGACGUGCAGCGCGCCCGGCUGAGCGGCCACCACCUACUCGGUAUAAAGACGUGCAGCUUUGCCUGAACCAGCGCGCCGCCCCUCAGGCUCUAAAUCGACCGCCGAGCACGCACGUCAUGAGUGGCAAAAGCGGCGAAUCCAUGCGAAAUGUGUUACAGAGAGUGUGUAGCUGCAGUAUAUUGCAUCCAAUGGCGGAGAACGCGGAACCGAAAUAAACUACAGAUUCCUGAAUGUAUUAUGUAUGUAUUCUGAUGGACUUGUUUCUAAAUUAUCACGUCUCAGAUCUUUAGCAAAGUAAGAGCAGUUAAUGCUAUUUAUGAAAUAUUGUUAUUCGCUUAGUGCAUAUUUUUAGUGGCAUAUUUUGAACUAUUAAGAGGUAGUAAGGUUUAGGCAUAUUAGGGCAAGAAAAUGUUUGAGUUAUAUGCGAUGUCCUGAUCUUUUGCGUCAUUAUAUUUCUACACUUUUAGGUCGGAAUCACUGUGACGUCACCCACUAGAUGGCGCUAGUUGGUCGGCCGAUUCGUAUGAUACAAGUCAGGAAUAUGCGGCCGAGACGUAUGUAGAAAACCAAUAGCUCCGGCGGGUGCGAGGGUUAACCUUCCGACAGUUUAGAGUGGUCGAUCGAACUUCUCGUUUCUUUUCUCAGAAAUAAGUCGCGCGAAGUGUGAUGUAUGAUUUUAUCAGCAGUCCCACCUAUCGCGGUGACGUCACGUUAAGCGCGGCACGAGGUCAGCCGAGCCGGACUGGUCCCAGUGUGGCGGGACAGCUCAGGCGGGGAUCCCCCACCCGGAUGUGUCCUAUCUGCACGGACCGUGCCGCUCAGUGGUGAAUCAGGCACUCGUGACGCACUGUACAACAUGUGCGCAGUACU